AUGAACAUCGCAAGUAAUCCUAAGGAAACCCUUUUCUGUUUUUAUAGCUGUUUUGUUUACUACCAUCUUUUAUUUCAUAAACUUCUUGCUAUACCCAUACUCUUCCAUUCUCUUUCAUCUCCGUGCCCUUUGCGAUCACUUUUCUCUCAAUCUCAUGCUUCUCAACUUUGGCUUGGCAUAACCUCUGCUAUCGUCGUACAACAGACAAUUGAGCAUCUUGCCACUCGUGUAGAACAUCUACUAGAAGGCAUAAAAACCAAUCAAAAGACAACAGCUGGGUCGCGGCCGCCCCCUGAACUUAUCCUACGGGCGGAACAGGCAUUGACUGAGGCCAACGUUGUUGUCAAUGGCCAGCUAGCCAGCCAGCUAUCUGGACUUUCCUACGUCAACCGGUCACAAAGUGGCCCUUUGCCGGAGGCUUCUUCCUCAUUGGCUCACCAAAUGCAGGUGAAAGAGCAUCACUAG